ACAAUACAUAUAUAUAUAUAUAUAUAUUAUAUAAGUUUUUUUUCCGCUACACCACGUUAUCUGCAUAGUACUAACUUCACUGAACGUACCAGACGUCUCCUCCCCGCUCCCCGCCCGCUAAUACCUAUUACUCGGCGACCGCAUCCGACUCCCACUUGCACAACUGCCGAUGACGACGUUCGUGCCGUCGCCACCGCUCCCGUCAUUCAUCAGCCAUCGCGUACGCAGUACUACGCAAGCACGCGGCGCACAACGGGGGGAAGAGCGUGCGGUCGACGUAUUUUUUCGUACGCUCAUCGAAGCACACCGCGCCAGUGUUGCCAAGCCAACCGUUCCGUCGGUCGUUGUUUGCGACGGAUGAAAUUGCGAUAAUUAUUUCAACAACACACAAUAUAUAUUGAAUAUAUUGUUAUCGUAUUCAAUAAUGCAGUAACAGUAGUAGUACACGCAUUCGUUUCGUGCAUAGUUAUGAAUACAAAUCUAUGAGUUAACUGUACAGUCGUAUCGGACCGUAAACACCAUUAUAGAGAGUAGUAUCUCAAUACCACGGUACGUCAGCGGUGGCGGGUGUCACGGACGGGUUUUCACGAGUUGUCGUUUCUCAUGUCGGACACGUGGCUAUUCGAGCGCACCACGAUAUUGCACACGUACGCGCAGUGAGUACGUACACGUAGUUGGCGUUGGAACGCUUCUUUCGAAGAAUUCUGAUUGAUAACGCAAACACGCGAGUAAUGGUCAAUUUCUCUCCGAUAAUAAUUGAAAUAUGAUUUGUGUGCGGUACCGCGUGGAAAAUUUUAACUGCCGUAAUUAUCCUUCAUUAUUAUUUAUUAUUAACAUAGUAAAACACCAUUGAUAAUAUUAUUUUAUUAUCUCGCGUUCCGUUUAUUUUCGUUGAACGUAGAAUCCGUCAAUCGUUACGCGGCAGUUUUCCUCGUUUUUUUACUUUCCAACAUGGACGCACGACAUAUUAUGUAUGUUUUUAAACUUUAAACAAUGCAACAGUUGUACGUACGCGUGAUAAUUAUCACUGUAAUAUCGUACCGUUCAAUAGUCGUGCCGUGAUAAAUUAUUAACCGGCUACGAUAUCAUCAGAAUGUAUUGAUGACUACCAUUAAUAAUUCAAGUAUUUACAUAAUAUCGCGCUCGGGGUACUGUGUGUACGUUGAGGGACCGCACGCGCGAUCUAACACACUUAUUUACAUUUAUAAAGUGCAUUGAAACGUGAUUUGUCCUCCAUUUGACAUUUCAUUCAUUCGAAUUGUUAUCGCGUACCAUCAAUAUAGGCUAAUAAUACAACACCGUCGUCGCGUAUCGCAGCACUAAUCCUAACUCUUCAAUUAUUAUCGAAGUAAUCAUCGCGUACGACUCACUCGUUUGAACGUUAAUCAGAAAAUGUACAUGACCAGAUGACGCGGGCGACGAUUACGCGUGUUCAAUAGUUGCCAACACAAGUGCAUUAAUGACCGUAAUGCACAUCGGCGUCGAUCGAAUUCGCAUUGUCGAAGUUUAUGUCCCGAAGAAAGAUGCGGACCCACUCUUUUCCGGCAUCAGAUGAAGGAGGUGAAAACGAACAGAUAAAACAAAAAGAUCAAGAAGACGACGAUAAAAUUUUUUGUUCUAGCAAGACACAAGCACCGUUUAAUCUCCCUGUAUUUGAAGCGGUGGUAUCAACUACAAUGGUUUGUAUCUUAUCUAAUAAUCCCCAAUCAUGUAAAUUAUCGUACACAGCCGACGAUAUUUCUAAUCCUGUACCGCCUGUAAGCCCAGGGACUCCAAGAAGUUGCUCUAAACUUGGAGCUAUGGCGACAAUUGGGAAACGGUCUACAUUUGCUUUGCCAAUUAUAUCAGAGGCCAAUGUCAUCACGUUUAAGAUCAGUCAUUAAAUCAUUACCACUAUAUUUUUGCUUUGCCAAGACACUAGGACGAACCCAAUAUCUCUUUUUGGAAGCUUUUUUUGCUUCUAAACUUAAAAUUACACUAGCAGAUGCGGCAGUCACCACGUCAUUCUCGUUCCACAUUUUGUCCAAGACUAAAAUGUUUAUCAAAUAUGUUGCUUUGGUGUGGACGCGCUGGUUUUAAAUUUUGACGGCGACAUUUAAAGAAACCUUUUGUCACCGACAUUAGUGACAAAGUUGGCGACAAAUUUUUCUUGGUCUGGACGCGACUUUAGCUACAACAUUCAUGCAUUAUACUAUGAAUAAUGUUUGUUCUUAUCACUUAAUAAGAUAAAUUUUGUAUAUAUUUUAUG